AUGUCCGCCGAACAGACCCACGCCCGAGGAUACGGUAUCUCGGAUACCAGCAAGUAUACCGAAUUCACCGUCAAGGAGUUCAAACUCAAGACUCCCGGACCUAGGGAUGUCACCAUCGCCAUCGAGUACUGCGGAGUCUGCGGCUCUGACAUGCACACCGUCUCCGGAGGCUGGGGUCCCUUGAAAAACGACUGGGUCUGCCCGGGCCACGAGAUCGUCGGCAAGGUCAUCGCCGUCGGCCCCGAAGCCGCCGACGAAUUCAAGAUCGGGUCCAUCGCCGGUGUAGGAGCUCAGGUGGAGAGCUGCUUGGAGUGCGAGAGGUGUAAAGGGGAUAAUGAGAAUUAUUGUCCGGAGCAGCAUGAUACGUACAAUGAUACGAAUGCUGCGGGGGAUGUCUUGCAGGGAGGGUAUUCGACCCAUAUUAGGGCUGAUAAACGAUUCGUCUUCAACAUCCCCUCCGCUAUCGCCCCUCAAGACGCCGCCCCCAUCCUCUGCGCUGGUAUCACCGUCUACUCUCCCUUGAAGAGGAACGGGACCGGCCCGGGGAAAUUGGUGGGGAUCGUCGGCAUGGGAGGAUUAGGUCAUUUCGCUGUGCAGUUCGCCAAGGCUCUAGGGGCCGAGGUCGUGCUCUUCUCGCAUUCUCCGGGGAAAGCUUCGGAUGCGUUGAGGUUGGGUGCUGAUAAGUUCAUCGCUACUGGCGACAAGGACUUUGCCAAGACCGCCGGGUUCGGAGCUGCCAACAAGGGCAGGGAAUUCGAUUUCAUCCUCUCUUGUGCCGAUUCGAACGCCAUUCCCUUGGACCAGUUCCUUCCCUUGUUGAAGGUCGGCGGAAGGAUGACCACGGUCGGACUUCCUGACCAGCCCUUCUCGAUCGCCGGGUUCGCUUUCGCUGGAAACUCGGCCGCUUUCGGUGGUUCGCACUUGGGCUCCAAGAAGGAGAUGCUCGAGAUGCUCGACCUCGCCGCUGAGAAGAACAUCAAGCCGAUCAUCCACGAGGUCUUGCCCAUGUCCCGAGCUGGGGACGCUAUCGAGGGGGUCGCCAAGAACACGGUCCGAUACCGAUACGUCUUGAAGCAGGACUUGGUCUAG